AUGGCUAUCAGGAAAGAUGGCAACUUCUGUGAAAUCAUAAUUGAGGAUGUUAAUGAAACCACCUUGAGGAAACAAAAACAGAUGGAGGAACAGGAAAAGCCCCCACCUUCACCCCCUCCACCAAAGAAGAAAAAGAAACCCCCUAACAAUCAGGCUGAAGCCAUAAAGAUCCAGGCCUGGUGGCGCGGCACCCUGGUGCGCCGAACGCUGCUGCACGCGGCCCUCACGGCCUGGAUCAUUCAGUGCUGGUGGCGGCGGACGAUGGCGAGGCUACUGACCAAGAGGCGGCAGGAGGCGCUGGAGUACUACGCACGGCGAGAAUGGGCAGCAACCAGUGUGCAGGCCUGGUUCCGCAUGCUGUGCGUCCGCAGGCGUUACUGCCGCCUGCUCAACGCCGUUCGCAUUAUCCAGGCCUAUUGGCGGUGGCGUAAUUCCCAUAUCCGUGGCUGUUUCCAGGGCAACUAUGAACUCACAGCAAACCAGCUGCAACUUGAGCUUGAAAUCCAUUUGGGCUCAUUGACUUGUCGAAUUACAGACUGCAUCCCCUUCCCAAUAAAGAAAUGA